AUGUUCUUGCCAAGAUUUUUCUGUUUUGCAUUAACAUGGACUGCUAUAUUUGCAACAUUAAGCAAAGAAGACAGGCCAAAAGGACCCAAAGUUACAGACAAGGUCUUUUUUGACAUCAAAAUUGGCGAUGAAGAGAUUGGACGUAUCGUUAUUGGCCUUUUCGGGAAAACUGUACCAAAAACUGUGAAAAAUUUUGUAGAGCUUGCUAAAAAACCAAAGGGAGAAGGCUACACAGGAUCUGUUUUCCAUCGUGUGAUCAAGGGUUUCAUGAUCCAGGGAGGUGACUUCACAAAGGGCGAUGGGACUGGAGGAGUAUCAAUAUAUGGAGAAAAGUUUGCCGACGAAAAUUUCAAAAUAAAGCAUUAUGGAGCUGGUUGGGUAAGCAUGGCUAAUGCUGGUAAAGACACAAAUGGGUCUCAGUUUUUCAUUACGGCAAGAAUGACCUCCUGGUUAGAUGGACGUCACGUUGUUUUUGGGAAAGUGCUUGAAGGUAUGAAAGUGGUCAGAAAAAUUGAGUCAACAAAGACCCAGCCUGGAGACAAGCCAGAAACACCGGUAACAAUAUUUAGGGCAGGGCACAUCCCUGUUGAGAAUCCAUUCCCAGUUGAAAAAAGCGACGCAACUGAUUAG